AUGAGAAAAUCACAGAAGCCCACCAAGCAGGCGGCGCCGCCAACGCGUCGCCCUUUCGAUCCACUGUCGCAGUAUGAGCAGCAGCGCCAGCAGGAGACUGCCAUGGCCCUCACAAUCCGGGGUAACCCACCCAGGAACAAGUCCGACGACAGCACAAGAAACACAGGUACCAGCUCUGCCCUGACUCGAAACCGAUCCAUCUCUCGGCCACCAGCAGUUCGUCGACCAGACAAUGAUGGUCUCUCAACUGUGUCUGAGGGCAGCUCUGCAGCCUCAGAUGUGUCCUCUGUCACCUCCAGCAGUGUCUCAUCCGCUUCCACAACACCACCAGUACGAUCACAGAACCAACGACAGGACUCUGGUAGAGGUUUGAUGUUCCAGCCUCCCACACUCCGCUUCCGCACCAGCCAGGACACCCGAUCACCAGAGCCUUCACCAAGAGGCUCUUACAUGUCAGACGACAACUAUGAUGAUUCAGCAUCAGAACUUGGAUGGGGAACCUCAUCAAACGUCUCCGUCUCUACCGUCUCUACCAGAGCCACCACUGUCAUGAGUGAGAGUGAGGAUGACUACUCCAAGACCCCCACACGGUCUCGCUCCAUCGUACGUGGGUCCAACCUGAACUCAUCCCAACUGUCUCGACCUGUCGAGAAGAGGGUUGAGUUUGAGACUGAUCGUCAACUGGAGCGUCAGUCAGACCGUCAGAUGGAGCGAUCUUCUGGACGUCAAGUUGAGCGUCAACAAGAGCGUACCAAGGAAAGAUCACGAAGUCGUGGACGAACCUUUCACAUCCACAUUGAGCCUACUGCCCAGCAGCCUGCCAACAAUGCCACCAAUAACACCCAGCAGCUGCAACAGCAACCGCAACAACAGCAACAACUACAGCAGCAGCCUCAGCAACAGCAGCUACAGGCAAACACCCAACAGCAACAGGCUAUCACUCAACAACCUGUAAACACACAGGGUGCCGUGGUUCACUCCAUGACACAACAGACCACCACACAGUCUACCUACACUCAGCCUGCGGUUCAUCAACCCGUCAUGGCUCAGCCUAUCAUCAGCCACCAGCCUGCUGUUGCUCCCCAAUCUAUGAUGCAACCGCUCAUGCCAGCCCAGCCUAUGAUGUUCACACAGCCCAUCAGCCCUCCUGCGAUGCCAAUGAUGCAGCAGCCCUUCCAGCAGCCCAUGGCCCAGCAACAGCCUAUCAUCCAACAGCAACAGUCACUGCCUGCUCCACCUCAAAGAAUCCCCGAGGAACGCCAGCUUCCUCAGCCUGAGCGACCUCCUUCCCGCCCCAGGGCUCGUUCACGUCAUGAUUUGGAAGAGACCAUGUCUGCUGAGCUUGAGAACCUGCGAAGGGAACUCAAGACUCUCAAGGACAAGCAGAAGGAGACCCAUAAGGAUCUCAGUGAUGCUCGGUACAGACUCUCCAACAUGCAGACCGACAAGGAUGAGCUCAGAGAGGAGAGGAACAAGGCUCAGGCUACCAGGGAUAGGCUUGUUAGCGAGUUUGAAGAACAGACACGGCUGCUGGAGAAGACAAGAAUCAGACUUGAUGAGCAGCGUCGCACAUUGGAGAGAUUCGAGAAGGACCGAGACAUGUCAAUCGACAAGGUCAAGAAGGAUCGUGAUCAAGUCCUCGACAGAUUCAAGUACGAGCGUGAUCAGGCCAUUGAGACCGUGGCCAAGACCAAGAGAGAGCGCGACCAGGCUGUUGAGCGAGCCCAGAGAGACCUUGACUCUACCAUCUCAAAGUCAAAGAAGGAGCGCGAUCAAGAGUUGAUGAAGCUUCAGCGUGAGCGCGAUGAUGUGAUCCAGCGCAUCCAGCGAGAGCGAGACUCGGUCGUCGACAGACUUCAUAAGGACCGUGAACAAAUAGCUGAGAAAGCCAAGAAGGACCUUGACAUCACCAUUGCCAAGUCCAAGAAAGAGCGCGACUCUGCCAUUGCCAAACUCCAGAAGGAACGCGACUACGCCCUUGAGCAGAUGAAGAGGGAGAAGGACCAGAUUAUCAUGCAAGCCAAGAAAGAGCGUGAUAUGGUCGUAUCCAACCUUACCAAGGAGCGAGACGAGCUCAUGGAGACUGAGCGCAACUUCAGUAACAGAGUCAAGGAGCUGGAGGACCAUCUCUCCAAGCACCGCGAGCUCAAGGCUGCUCUUGAGAGAAACUACGAGGAUCUCAAGAAGAACAGCCUAGAGACCACCCAGUCUCACAGCAAGUUCGAGGCCCGGGCUGUCAACCUGCAGAGAGAGCUGGACGACAUCAAGUCCAUCCGCAAAUCUCAGGAGACAGCCUACACCGCUCGCAUCGCUACCAUGGAGAUCUCUCAGGAGUCGAUGCAGUUCCGCGUCGAGAACAUGGAGAAGGACCUGCUUGACAAUGCGAAAGAGCUUGGUGAGCUCACAGUGGAUCGGGAUCGCUUCAAGGCAGACAGUGAGAACUCCAAGAACCAGGUCGAGUCCCUCAACAAGGACAAGGCUGGUCUUGAAGAUGACAAGAGGCACAUGCAGAAGCAAAUCACUGAUCUCACAAGCGACAAAUCCAGACUCCAGGAACAGCUAACCGGACUCGAAACCGACAAGAAGAGCCUCGAGGCACAGGUCACGGUGCUCCAGGCCACUAUCGACGACCUGAGGAAGGAAAAGGAGACCUGGACCAAGGACACUGAGAGUAAGGAAGCCCGCAUCGCUGGUCUAGAUUCCGAGAACGGAGAGCUUAAAUCGCAGAUCGAAUCAAUCAUUAGGGAGAAGGACGCGGUGACCAAGGAGGUGGAGGAGGUGGAGGGCAAGCGGAAGAAGCUCAAGAAGAAGUACGAGCAGCUGCACGGGGACAAGGAGUUGCUGAAGGAGCAGGUCAAGGGGCUGCUGAACGACCAGGACGACCAGACGUCGCAAGUUCUGCGUCUGUCGGUGGAGCUGAAGACGCUGAGGAGCGAGAACUCGAGCCUGAGGUCCUUCUCAGAUGCUGGCAGCGUGGUGUCGAGCGGCAUAUCGACCAUCUCUAGCUCAGUGAGCACGGUGGACGACACUGCCAGUGUGGUGUCUGAUGCCACUGAGAAGCCUGACCCUGCGGAUGUACCUCAGCCUGAGUCUGAGGAGGUGCCCGAGGCGAGUGAGGAGGUUAUUGUUGUCGUCGAGGAGAAUGGUGAGAUUGCAGAGUCUGAGCCUGCGCCUGCACCUGAGGCUGAAGCUGUUGUUGAACCCGAGGCUGUCGUUGAGCCCGAGGCUGAAGCCAAGGCUGAGACCGAGGCCCCUGCUGAGGAGAAGGUUGAAGAGACGGUACCUGAACCCGAAGAGCCUAUUGCUGCCCCAGAAGACCUAGCCCCUACUCCAAAGGAACCCAGCCCAGCUCCUGAAGAUCCCACUCCCACUCCCGAAGAGCCCGUUGCCACCCCCGAAGAUCCAACUCCCGCCCCUGAGGACCCAGCACCGGACCCAGCUCCCGAGUCUGAAGAGCCUGCCCCUCCCACCGUCGAGCAACUCCAAGAGAAAGUCGAGACUAUCACCACAGAGCGCGACGACCUCACCUACAAGCUCACCGCCACUGCCGAAAACGCCGGCAAGCUGCAACUCGGCGUUGACGUCCUCUCCGCCGAGCGCGACGAGGUGACGAAAAAGCUCGACACUGUCACCGCAGAGCAUGAAGAGGUAACCAAGAAGCUUGCCACCGUCGAGGAAGAAGCCUCCAAGCUGCAAGAGAAAGCCGCCAGUGUCGACACCAUCACAGCUGAGCGUGACGACCUCAAGGGUAAACUCACAGCCGCAGAGGAGAAGGCAGCCAAGCUCAAGGAGAAAGUAGCCAGCGUUAAAGAGCUGACUAAAGAGCGCGACGAGCUGAACAAGAAGCUCGAGUCUGCUGAGCGCGAGGCCGUCAUCCUGAACCAGCUGCGCAAGGAGAACAACAAGCUCAUGAAGCAGCUGGACGAGGCCAAGAAGGCACAAAAGGCAGCCAAUGCGGAGAUCAACUCGCUGCAGACGCAGAUUGCUGCUCUGGUCGCACAGAUCAACGGGGGUAAUAUGACGAGGACGAAGAGUGGUGGUGGAACACGGAAGCCCAUCAAGGAUCCCAAGCGUCGCGAGGAGUUGGUCAUCGUGCGGGAUCCUCGGAAUGGAAGUGGACUGAGUCAUAUUAUACGCCGACGUAACCUCAACUCUUCGGCGACGAGGUCAUCUUCCCAAUCUGAUGGAUCAGCAGAUUCAUAG